AUGAAGCCCUCGUGCUUUCUCAGGGCCGCGCCAUGGUGGCUGCUCGUUCUGCCGGGACUCGGCUUCUCGCACCUUGGCCCUCCUGACAAUUUUUGGGCCGCGGCCUUGGCCGUGGGAGAGAGGCACCACCAGCAACAACAGGCUGUCAGCAAAACCCGUGGGAACCACGGCAGGUCCGGGGUGGACACGACGGCAAAAGUGGUGACCCAUGAGGCGGCCGAGUCCCAUCAUGAUGCCGAGCAUGCGAAGUGGAGUUGCUUUUUAGCAUCGCGCCCCGGGGCGGCCGUCGAUGCUGGUGGUUUAGAGGAUGGCCUUGACUCUGGCGAAGCCUACGUUUGCGACACGACCAAGGGCCGGUGGUCUCAGGCGUGGCAAAUGACUUCGCAGAAGACGUGGCAGGUUCUCAACUUCAGCCGAGCGUUCGAAACAACGCCGAAAGCCCUGUCCCUCAACUUCACUCUCGUCCAAGACAGCGACGGAGCAUCGCAGCGCUGUCUGAUGUCGAUUCCAAACACGGGCCCCAAGGAGAGUUGGUACCAUGCUUGGUGCGAGGGCAGCGAUAAUGCCGGCUUUGGCACUAGCUUGAACAGAAACAGCACCAGCGGUACCAGCGGCACCAGGGGCACCAGCAGCAAAUCCACCGGCGGUAACAACAACGGCGAAAGUAUUGAUGGUGUCAUUGGGGACGGUGUCUUCACCAUCUCGUGGGGCUACAUCAACGGCUCCGCAGACGGCGCAGUUAUGACGGUGUGCAAUCCUGCCACGGGGACAGACGCGUGGUUCGGCUUCGACCAUGUCAACACCCAGCAGAACUUUCCCAGCUCGCCCAAGGAGCCAGUGUACGACACGGGCUGCAGCUGA